AUGAUCGUCUUGGGAGGCCGAUGCACGUGGAUGCACGCGAUGACUUCUGCAUCCAGGAAGCGGCCAAUGGAGUCCACUCCCCCGGCGCCUCUUCUGCAGGCGGAGGUCAGAGAUUGGCUUGGCCCGGAAUCGACUCAGCACCAGGGCCUGCUGAUGGAAAGGAGGCCAUGGUGGGGCGACUGCCAAGAUGCCGUCGAUCGCCUGGCCGCCUCGGGCGACCUGGGCGACGAAGACGAGGUCGUGGUGCGAGUGAGCCGCGGCCCGGCGGGUUUGGGGAACCUCCGCUUCGUCGCCGACAAGAUCCUCGGAAAGCUGACCUUGCCCCAAGAUGUGAAGGACGCGUUCCACGCCGAUAUCUGCCAGCUCGGCGCGGUGGUCGAAAAGAUGUGCCCCUGGAGUGACUGCGUGGUGGUGAAGUUGGAGCUGAUUGGGGAGAAGGCUUGUAGUCGGUGGCACCGUGACUACUACUGCGGUCGCGCAAUCGUGUCAUACAACGCGGCGGGCACACUCUACACCCCGGACGAGAAUGUGAAUUUCUGGGAGCUGGAGAACAAAGGUGGGAAUGAGCGCAUCAUCCGAAGGAAAUCCGAGAUCUGCGCUGCCGGCGUGGGGGACGUGCUCUUCAUCAAGGGGGUCAAGUAUCCAGACCCUGUGAAGGGCUUGGUUCACAGGUCACCGGAAGUUCAGUACCACUGUAAUGGUCACGUGGUAAACCGCUUGGUGCUGAAAAUCGAUGUCCCAGAGCCGGAGGCUUGGAAAAAGUCAGAUUGCGACUGCUGUCCGUGA